UCUCUAUUUUGUUAUAUUAAUAAUUGUCAGUAUUAUAAUUCCUCCACAUAAAAUAUUUCUCUAUCAAUAAAUUUAUCUCUACUGCUGCGUGUAAGGUGUUCAUCAAUGGCGUCGAUUUGUGCCCCGACGUUCCCCUCGCCGCGUACCGAUCCCAACCCUCACAAGCUCAACUUCACCAAUUCCAGAUUCGCCUCCUCUAGGUUUAACGGGAGACCGUCGCAGUCGGGGGCUUACAUCUCUAGGGUUUCUGAUUCCCCCUUCUGCUGCCGUUGCCUCGAUAGAAACAGCGGCGGCGGCGGUGAUAAUUCCGAUUCUGUCUCCGACGACCCUUGGCGGUGGGAUUUUGGUAUCCAGGAGACGUUUAGGAAUGCGUUUAAGCGGUUUGAUGAUUUGUUGGGUUCGUUAAGGGAUAAGAGAUUGGACGGAAUUGUGGUGGUGGCGGAGAAUGGGGGAGAGGAGGAGGAGGAGUGGGAUUGGGAGAGGUGGAGGAAGUAUUUCGUUGAGGUUGACGAGCAAGAGCGCAUUGCCUCAAUUUUGAAGUCCCAGUUAGCCAGUGCAAUUGAGAGAGAGGAUUACGAAGAUGCCGCCAGGAUUAAGGUUGCCAUUGCAGCAGCUGCUACGAAUGACACUGUUGGCAGAGCGAUGUCCCAUUUGAAGAAAUUUGUCGAGGAAGAACGCUAUGGAGAUGCAGCUCUUAUACGUGACUAUGCUGGUGCUGGGUUGGUUGGAUGGUGGACUGGAAUUCCAGACGAUCCCAAUGAUCCUUAUGGUCGUAUUAUUCAUAUAAGCGCUGAGUAUGGCAGAUACAUUGCUAGAAGUUACAGUCCUAGGCAGCUUGCCACAGCCUCUGAUGGUGCCCUCGUGUUUGAGGUAUAUCUUACAAACAAUAAAGACGGAGAUUAUAAACAGCAGGCUGUUUACCUAAAACGCAAAGGAUCUCCCCAAGAUCUUUAUGUUCCACCCUUCAAGUCCCCAGGAAGUUCCAAAAGCCUAGGUUCCCGUGAUGCAAGAGACAAUAAAACUAAGUUAUUUGAAAGAAGCUCUGAAGAUAUAGAGGAUGGUGAUGACAGGGAUGAUGAUGCUGGUUUUGAUAAUAUAUUGCGAGACAUGAUUCCUGGUGUGAAAGUCAAAGUUGUGAAAGUAACUGCCCCAGAGAAGGUGGACAGGGAUGUAAUAUCUAAGGUGAUCGAACAGAUAAUAGAUGAAGAGGAGGAAGAAAAGGACUAUGACUUGGAUAAUAUAGAUGCUGAUGAUGAAAUUAAAAGUGAAAAUGAUGAUGAUGAACGAAGCGACAUUGAACUGGACUCUGGUGGUGGAAUAAAUGUGGAAGACGAGCAAAAUCGUAUCGCAGUUGAGCUUGUUGUUGGUGAUAGGUUCAUCCAGAAACUUUCGCGUGGUGCCAAAGUUAAAGAUUUGCUCCGGGUUCCAGCAAGGCUAGAGACAAAGGGUCGAAUGUCAUUUACCUUUACGGUAGAAGAAGAUUCCAAUGAACUUGUCGCUGGUGGUGAUGGACGGUUGCCGCAGAACAAAAGAGCUAAGCUUCAAUCUCAACGUAGCAUUGACCAUGUUAUGCUUGAUCUUGUGAAGUCCAUUGGCAAAGGGAAAGUCCCCAACAAGGUCCUUAAAGAUGUUGGUGAAUUAAUAAAUCUCACAAUCAAUCAAGCUCGAAAUCGUCAGCCACUCUCUGGGUCAACGACAUUUAACCGCAUUGAAGUUUCAUCUUCGGAUCCACUAAACGGUUUAUAUAUUGGUGCACAUGGGCUUUACACGUCAGAGGUUAUUCAAAUGAGGCGUAGAUUCGGUCAUUGGAAAGAGGAAGGAAGCAAAAAGAAGCCAUCGAAAAUUGAAUUCUAUGAGUAUGUUGAAGCUGUUAAAUUAACUGGAGAUGCCUAUGUUCCAGCUGGCCAGGUCGCAUUUCGCGCGAAAGUUGGAAAAAGCUAUCAGCUUCCACAUAAAGGGAUUAUCCCUGAAGAAUUUGGGGUGAUUGCUCGAUAUAGAGGCCAGGGAAGAUUGGCUGAGCCUGGAUUUCAGAAACCUCGAUGGGUUGAUGGUGAACUUGUUAUACUGGAUGGAAAGUACAUCAAAGGAGGGCCAGUCGUUGGCUUUGUGUAUUGGGCCCCUGAAUAUCACUUCUUGGUAUUCUUCAACCGACUGAGGCUGGUUGAUUAAUGGGUUGAGCUCUUGUACAUUAAACUUCAGACAUUCUUUGCUUACUUUUUCGUAGCUGAGACGGUCAUUGUGGCCUGAAGUCCUUUUGCAUUAAACACUUCUAGAAGCCGGAAAUUUUCAGCAAACAAGGCCAAGUUUAAUGGAACUGACCACCAAAAUUUUGGGUUGUAGCAGUUACUGAUGACAGGCUCAUCUUAACGAUUAUGUGUGCUGUCUUCGCUAUCUUUCUUCCCAUAAAUUAUAUGUUAUCCGAUGUAUUAGUGUAUUCUGUAUAUAUUUUGCUUCUGAAUAUGUUGCCGUCUAGUAACGAGAUUUCAAAAUCUUUUGUACAUAUGGGGGAGUUUUUAGCUGUUGAGCCAUAAUCAUGAUGCUUUAGAUGUUGUUCCACUAUUCAUUCUUACGUAAAUAUUCAGUCUUCUCU